GGGAAAGGUGGGGGCAAUCAUGGUGCCGCUGGGGAGGGGAGAAGCUGCUGCCGCCGCCGCCGUUGCCGGGAGCCGCGGAGACAGGUCACUACCUUUCCAUUUCUCACAAUUGGGCUGAGCACAACUGAACCAUGGGGGAACACAGUCCAGACGACAGCAUCAGCUACUUUGAGGUAGAGGAAGAUGAGCUGACCCCCGAUGACAAGAUGCUCAGGUUUGUGGAUAAGAAUGGACUGGUGCCUUCCUCAUCUGGAACUGUUUAUGAUAGGACAACUGUUCUUAUCGAGCAGGAUCCUGGCACUUUGGAAGAUGACGAUGACGAUGGACAGUGUGGAGAACACUUGCCUUUUCUAGUAGGGGGUGAAGAGGGUUUUCAUCUAAUAGAUCAUGAAGCAAUGUCCCAGGGUUAUGUGCAACACAUUAUCUCACCAGAUCAGAUUCAUUUAACAAUAAACCCUGGUUCCACGCCCAUGCCAAGAAAUAUCGAAGGUGCAACCCUCACACUGCAGUCGGAAUGUCCAGAAACGAAACGUAAAGAAGUAAAGAGGUACCAGUGCACCUUUGAGGGCUGUCCCCGCACCUACAGCACAGCAGGCAACCUGCGCACCCACCAGAAGACCCACCGGGGAGAGUACACCUUUGUCUGUAAUCAGGAGGGCUGCGGCAAGGCCUUCCUCACCUCCUACAGCCUCAGGAUCCACGUGCGGGUGCACACGAAGGAGAAGCCGUUUGAGUGCGACGUGCAGGGCUGUGAGAAGGCGUUCAACACUCUAUACAGGCUGAAAGCACAUCAGAGGCUUCACACAGGGAAGACGUUUAACUGUGAAUCUGAAGGCUGCAGCAAGUACUUCACCACGCUCAGUGAUCUGAGGAAGCACAUUCGAACCCAUACAGGAGAAAAGCCAUUUCGGUGUGAUCAUGAUGGCUGUGGAAAAGCAUUUGCAGCAAGCCACCACCUUAAAACUCACGUCCGUACACAUACUGGUGAAAGACCCUUUUUCUGCCCCAGUAAUGGCUGUGAGAAAACAUUCAGCACUCAAUACAGUCUCAAAAGUCACAUGAAAGGUCACGAUAACAAAGGAAAUUCAUACAGUGCACUUCUAAAUCACAAUGGAUCAGAGAUAAAGAAACUGAAGCACACUGACCCCCUUUUGAAUAAUGCGGUUCUUAAAGAUACAAAUCACUCACUUUGUCUGAGGAAUUUAAGCCUUCUGUCCACAGAUUCCGAAUUUCAAGAAAAUUCCAAUACAGGCCAGAACACUUUCAGCACACUUUCACCAGCAAUCAUCUUUGAACCAAUGUUCCAGAAGUCAGAUGAUCCAGCAAUUCAGGAAGAUCCUCAACAGACAGCUGCCUUGAUUGAAAAUUUUAAUGGUGAUGCAGAGUCAGUCAGUGAUGUUCCGCCAUCCACAAGACAUUCAGCAUCUUUAUCUCUUCCACUUAUACUGCAGCCUGGCAUCUCCGAGCCACCCCAGCCUCUACUACCAGCCUCAGCACCGUCUGCUCCUCUGCCUGCUCCCUCCCUAGGAACUGGUUCCCAGCAAGCUGCAUUUGGCAACCCCCCUGCUCUCUUACAACCUCCAGAAGUGCCUGUUCCCCACAGCACACAGUUUGCUGCUAAUCAUCAAGAGUUUCUUCCGCACCCCCAGGCACCGCAGCCCAUCGUGCCGGGACUUUCUGUUGUCGCUGGGGCUUUGGCGUCAGCAGCGGCAGUGGCGUCAGCCAUGGCAGCACCGCCUCAACCACAGAGUACUACUGAGCCCCUGCCGGCCAUGGUCCAGACUCUGCCCCUGGAUGCCAACUCCGUCCUAACUAGUAAUCCCACUAUAACCAUCACCCCGACUCCCAGCACGGCUCUCCUGCAGCCCAGCCUCGUCAUGGGAGAACAGAACUUACAGUGGAUACUGAAUGGUGCCACCAGCUCACCACACACCCAAGAACAAAUUCAGCAAGCAUCUAAAGUUGAGAAGGUGUACUUUACCACGGCAGUACCAGUAGCCAGUAGCACAGGGAGCGCAGUACAGCAGAUUGGCCUCAGCGUCCCUGUGAUCAUCAUCAAACAAGAGGAGGCCUGUCAGUGUCAGUGUGCGUGCCGGGACUCCGCCAAGGAGCGGGCGGCCGGCAGGAGGAAGGGCUGUCCUUCCCCUCCCGCUCCAGCGCUGAGCACCCAGCCUCCUGAUGAGCCCAGCCUGAAGCUACCACCGCAGACUUUUUCCCCACCCCCGAUCCCCCUGUCGUCCUCCGCCGCCUCCUCUUCCUGUGAGCAAAGCAGACAAGCAGUGACUCCUUCAGACCCUCAGACAGAAACAUUACGUGCCAUGGAUAUGUCAGAGUUUCUGUCCCUCCAGAACCUGGACACGCCGUCUAAUCUGAUUCCCAUUGAAGCACUACUGCAGGAGGAGGAGGAGAUGGGCCUGACCAGCAGCUUCUCCAAGUGAAAGGCCCAGCCGGAUGUGCUCACCUCCGGGAACAGAGGCCGAGCAGGAGGCAGAAGGUGCGAUGCCUACCAUCAUGGGGUCAGCAGUUUGAAGGAGGAAGAAAUCUACUGUUUGAAAUCCUCACCUUUCAGACAUAUUUUCUUCAUUCAUAUCCCAGGAGCAUCCAUUUUUAAGGAACUGAUCUUUGGAGAAAAACAAACAAAAACGGAACAAAACAAAAAAAAAAAGCUAAGUUAUAAAUGAACUGUUUGGCUGCACUGUAUGUCACUUUCGCUUAUUGUCAUGUGAACUUGGAAAUUAAGGUUACUCGUAUGCAUAAAAAUUCUAAAUGAAAGGGUGUGGUUUCCAUCAAUCUGAUGCUGCCCAUCACUUGCACUGGGGUCUUUGUAGUCCGGGCAGUAGCGUUCAGUGUGUCGGGUGUUGCUGCUCCUGUGUCUUUUGAGUCUGAGGCUGAAGCUUGCUUGGAAGGCCAGACCCUCACUCCAUCAGAGAGGGAAGUGGCAAAGGCAGGUCAGACAGCCGUGAGCUGGACAGGGAUCACGUGAGAUGGUUUCAUUGUCUGCGCUUGGUGUUGGUGGAGCUCAGGGUGACUAUGGCAGGUGUCAUCCUGCAGCCCAAAGGGGCAGCUGAAAGCCUGGCCCGAGGUCGCGGGGACGGUCCGCUUCCGCAGGGACCCCAGGCAAGUUGUUGACUGCUCUCUGUCCAUGACACAUGUGCAGAACAGGCUCUAGUGAUGUGAUCACAGUCUUUGCCUUCGGGUUCUCUCUUUCUCCGUUGGUUGCCAGGGCUUGCAGAUCACAGUGAAUUUUUCUCGGGGAACAUCCCUGCUUUGUCCUAGAGUGGACAUGUGGUUUAUGGCCAGUCGCUGGCUGGUGGUCUGCCUUCCUUGAAGGGUAUCUUCUUCCUCAGAGCAGAAGAACUGCAUUUUGCCGAUCAGGAGAAGGUGCAGCUUUACAGGAGUUCUGUUCAGGCGGCGUGUCAUCGGCAGGCCGGGUGUCCUGGUUCCAGGUUCCAGCCAGGCCUUUGGUUGCCCCUCCCAUCUCCGCCUCUCACCCCUCUGGAUUUUGCAUACAGCCUAGUACAGUGCAAAGAAGGAUGUGACUUGCUCAGCUUAGUCAUAUGAUUUCUAAACAAAAAACAAAAAAGAAAAAAAAAAAACACAAAGCGAUGAUCUUCUACUCAGGGUAAAACAAAAAAAUUCCCCUUCCACCAAAAAGCCUGAAAUGUUGCAAUAAGUUAUCUCAUUUGGAAUGUUUCAUUAAGUUGUAUUAUAGGAAAAAAAAUUUUUUUGAUUUGUGUAUAGAAUUAUAUCCAUCUCUCUGCCUUUGGCUCUGAGUCAGUCAUUGCCUCUUAAAAUAAAACAUAAAAUACAAUCCACACUAAAAUGGAAAGUUUCUCUUAACUGCCUAUGUCAGUGUAGUCAUGAGUGCUCCCCCCACUCACUGAGCUCAGAAACUAGGCAUGGCCCAAUGUCCAGACUGGGCCUCUGCCUCCCAAGGGCCCCUUCCCUGCCUUGAGCGAGGGGCAGGGUGCCACAAACAGGGCUGCCCUUCUGAGUCAACGAUGUCGGGCAGAAAGCAGCCGUAACUUGCCUUCCUUUCCCAGUCCCUAAGGUGGAGAGAUCUGUCACUCUCCUGUUCUCUGCGCCAUUACUCAGGGCCAGCCAAGACAGUAUCCAGAGCAGAUCAUCUACCUGGAAGCCAGAGGCCCUGCCUUUAACAGGAUGUUCAGGGACAGAUUUGGAGAAGAGGGCAGUGGUGGUAAAUGUUACUGCCAUGAGGAGAAAUGGGCUUACCUACAAGCAGCUGGUGGUUUCUCAUUGCAGGAGUCUAGUCACGAGAAUCGGGGUUUUUUUGACCCUCUGCACUCUCCUGUCCAAAAGGCUGGUGGGUUCUGGCGGCCACUGGCCUCAGCAGAAGUUGAUAAGGCAGGAGGAACCUUCUAUUACCGCAGUGGUUCAUCUUCCUGGAAAACCAGCUGCUGAGCAUGGGUUGUUCUUGACCGUCUCUGGGCCUUGCACCCAUAGGAAGAUUUGCGGUAGGACCCUGGCUGUUUUCUCCACACCUUCCGAGAUAGAGAGCAGCAUAUGGGUCCCAAAUGACCUCCCCACAUGCCCGUCCUAGGCUCACUUGAGAUUCGGUUCCCUGGGAGCUGAGGUGGAAAGCAGGAGCCUAGGGAAGGCCGUCGGAAGUGCCAUGGUUGAAAUAUUGCUUCCCUCCGGCCAGCCCGGGCUGUGCUUGUGUUGGGGGUCCACCCAGGUCAGUGGCUUUUCUGCUCCAAAGAUCAGGGGUGAUGAAGAAACUGGGUUUGGGCUGACAGAUUUUCCUAGUUGAAGUAUCUGCCUUUUGAGAGUACUAGAGAUUACAAGGGGGACCAUCAGAUCCAAUCAGCUUUUGAAAACAUCAAGAAUGUGCUUAAAAUGCUAGUGAGUGGUUGUGAAGAGUACGUUUACUCCACAGGAUAGGCAGUCUCUCCUUUCCUUCUUCUUCCAGCACUCUUCCCCGCCCCUGUCCCUUCCAUCAGCCUGGCCCCUAGUGUCAAGGAUCUUGAAGAAGAGAGGGCGCUGGCUAAAGUGGAGCCACAAAGAGCCUUCAUGGAGAGUGGUUUUCAAACCCACGAAUGAACCUAGGGUGAGGCUAGGGAAGGUGUGCAGACUUCAGGUGAAAUCACGCCUUUUUUCUUCCCAUGGUAACCUUAAUCAUUUUCACCCUGUAGAUUGAGACUUCCAGCUCCCACUAGCAUCUCCAGUUAUACUGCCCCUUUACAGAAUGCUAGUCAGCCUAGGGAAUCGUGGAGUUCACGGGCCUGGCAGGUGGCAGGAAACUUUGGCUGGCGCCGCCAAACUGCCUUAGUGAAUUUGGUCCUUCCCAGGCAGGUGGGUGAGGCAUUGAGGGAAAGUGGCCCUGCCUUUCCUGGCAGUUUGGCCAACCUCGUGGGGGUAUCACUAGUUUGAUGACAGGAAUUGGUGUCAUUCAUUGAAUUCCACCCCUACCCCUCCGCCCUCGCAGAAGGAGAUCAUGGUACAAAGUCCAGGAGGGGCCUUAAGGUGUGAAGGCUUCUCUGGGCAGAAGCAAGGGACUUCUCUUCACCACCUCUGGGAGAGUCAGUAGAUUGGAGAGUUUACUUUCAGGGUCAAGGCAGCGGACUGAUGGGGAUAAUGGGUGGGUGGGUUUUCCUGAGAGACUUUGUAUAAUGUGCUGAAUGUGUCCAAAGGGACAAGUUUGCAGAACCUCAUAUUGGUAUAUUAAAGAAAUAAUAAAAAAGCACUUUACGUUAUUUUAUCUUUAACCCAAUUGCUGCAAUUUCUUUCGUGUGUGUGUGUAUACACACACACACACACACAUAUACUUUCCACAAAGUUUUAUUUUUUGCUCAGAAAAAAAGUUAAAUUGAGGUGUGAAAAGAAAAGCACUUACCUUGGUGCAAUAUGCGUAGCUUGAUGGUUGUUGUCCCAUGUGGCCCUGGCCUGGCUGCGUUUUUCCACUCCAUCAGCCCUGUGCCAUGAGGCUGUCCAUAGGGAAACACUAUUAUGCAUUCUCAGCAACUGCUCAAUCUAUGCAAGCCUUCCCUGUGUGCCCAAGGGCGCCCCCUCAGGCUCUCUGAAGAACUGCUGCGGGUCCUGUUUUCUGCUGUUGAGGCCCUUUUUCAUCACUUCUUCUUGGUCCCUUGCCAUCUUUUCCCCCUUCUUCACCAUUACAAAGUGAUGCCUGAAAGGAAGAAACUGGUUGUUCCUAGGUAGACACCUGGCACCUUCUAGACUUUUAUAUUUGUAAUCACGUUCAUUGUCCUUAAUCCUAAAGACUUCUCCAGAGUCACCGAAACCAUUGAUUUGUGGAACUGCAACAGUAUUGCUAAUGAGUUUACAAUUUUCCUAUACCACCAAUCAGAAAUAUGUUUGGGGAAGGUUGUGGCAGUCGUGGGUGGGGCGGGGGGGGGCGGACAACAUGAGCCAUUUCCAUACUGCUCCCCCUACCGCCCCUGUUGGCUCUUUAAGCAAAAGCCUCCAGCCCUCAUUGAAUCCAGUAAACAAAGCUGUUAAUAAUCUGCUUUAUCAACUUUCUUCCUUUCCCCUCACUCCCCUCUCCCCCCCCCAUUUUAUCUUCAAUUCUCAGGCUACUAAAGAACUGAGUUUUAAAAUAUCCUUCAGCCAAAGCAGAAAGAUUUCCAUAGAUCCAAUAUGCAAAUGGUUCUGCUGUGACAUAGAUCUGAAAUUGACCAUUCCUAAAUAUUGGGGAGAGGCAACAAAACUGAAUCAUGCAUAUUUCUGAUUGGUAGUCAGUUUAGCCCGUUUCCUCUGGCAUACGUUGGGGGCGAGGCUAGAGAAAGGGUCCCCUGUCUCUUCUCACACCCUUUGGGGAAGCUGAUGAUCACUGUUUGGGCAUUUCUCAUUGUUACUCCUGUUCAAGAGAGGGCUUCUCAGUCUGCACUGAGAAAUGCAAAUUAAACUGGAUCUUUAUGUCUAUGUGUACAUAGUACAAGCUUUUUUACUGGAAGCAAAGUUUAAAACCACACACUGCCCUUUUGGUGGUGUGCCUGCUGGGCCCCAAAUUGGGUGAUGAUGUCGUGUCACUUUCUCAGCUCAACGCAGGUUCUACUUUUUCUUACUGGGAAAUUUUUCAUAAAACCUUUUUUUU